GACUUCUAAAUGCAACUUUCGGUAAUGCCGUAGAAUUAAUAAUCUCCGUCGUAGCAUUAACUCAAGGCGAAAUUCGUAUAGUUCAGGCGUCGAUGUUGGGUUCUAUAAUAUCCAACCUCCUAUUGGUCUUAGGAUCGUGUUUCCUUGCCGGUGGAUUUCGUCAUAAAGAACAAAAUUUUAAUCAAAAAGCUGCGCAGACUAAUUCAGGCUUAAUGGCAAUAGCUUGUAUUGGAUUGGUUAUACCCGCAGCAUUUCAUUCCGAAAGUAGUUUGGAUGGAAAUGGAAAUGGCAAUGACAUCUUAGUAUUCCCAUUAAAAUCUUCAG